AUGGCGGCGGAAGAUGCAUGUCCCGUGCCAGCCGCCGCGUCUAGCGGCGCCGCAUCCGCGCCCCCAUCAGCAUGUCCGGACACUUUGGGGGAGCCAGCAGGCGCUCGUGCGCCGUAUGAAUGCGGCGUCCGCCUAAGCGCGCCGAGCAGCAUGGCGGCGCAGCAGGGGGGGCGCGAGGCGGGGGGGAACGAGGAGGCAGUGACGGCGGGGUCGGUGCACCGUGCGAUCGUGCGACAUGCGCACUGUUCGCUCGCGUGCGGCGAUCGCGACAACCUGUCGCCGGGCGACGUUUACCGCGCGGCUGCGAUGAGCGUGCGAGACCACCUGAUUGCGCGGAUGGAUGCGACGGAGCGCGCGUACGAAGACGCGGGCUGCAAGCGGGUGUACUACCUAUCAAUGGAGUACCUUAUAGGGAGGAUGCUGCAACUCGCCGUCACCUGCCUCGGCCUCGAUGAGCAGUACAGCGCAGCGCUGCAGCAGCUGGGUGUGUCGAUGGAGGAGGCAGCAGAGGAGGAGCGCGACCCCGCGCUGGGCAAUGGCGGGCUGGGCCGUCUUGCUGCCUGCUUCCUCGACUCGCUCACCACUCUCAACCUCCCCGCCUGGGGGUACGGGGUGCGGUACCGCUACGGCAUGUUUGAGCAGCGCGUGGCGGCGCUGAGGCAGCAGGAGGCGCCAGACGCGUGGCUGCAUCCCUGGGGGUGCCCCUGGGAGAUCCCCCGCCCCCACGUGCGCCACCCCGUGCGCUUCUUUGGCCACGUGGCGGUGCGUGUGGAGGGCACGCGCACGCGGUACCGCUGGGAGGGGGGGGAACAGGUGGAGGCGGUGGCGAGCGACAUCCCCGUGCCGGGCUUUAAGACCGGCAACGUCAACCGCCUCCGCCUCUGGCGCUGCGAGCCACUCUCAGGCGGCUUCGACUUGUCGUUAUUCAACGCGGGGCGGCACGUGGAGGCAGUGGGCGGGGCGGCAAGAGCGGAGGCGAUCAGUGCAGUGCUGUACCCCGAGGACAGCAGCGAGGCGGGCCGCCAGCUGCGGCUGCAGCAGGAAUACUUCUUUGUCUCCGCCACGCUGCAGGACAUUAUAGCACGGCACGUGGCAUCAGGCCGGCCAGUGUCAUCCCUGCCAGAGGCAGCAGCGGUGCAGCUGAACGACACGCACCCAGCGCUGGCAGUGCCCGAGGCCAUGCGGCUGCUGCUGGACGAGCACGGGCUGGAGUGGGGCGAUGCCUGGCGCGCCACCGUGGCGCUGCUUGCCUUCACCAACCACACCGUGCUGCCCGAGGCGCUGGAACGCUGGCCCGUGCCGCUGCUGCAAGCCGUGCUGCCCCGCGUCAUGGACCUUAUAUUUGAAAUCAACCACCGCCACCUGCAGGAGGUGGAGGCGAGGUGCAUGGGGGAGGGGCAGCGCAUGGCACGGCUGUCAAUCAUCGAGGAGAGCCACCCCAAGAUGGUGCGCAUGGCCGUGCUGGCAGCCGUUGGAUCGCACGCCAUCAACGGUGUAGCGGAGCUGCACUCCACGCUGCUGCGCACGCAGCUCUUCCCGGACUUUGUCGACCUCUUCCCAACCCGCUUCCACAACAAGACAAACGGCGUCACCCCGCGCCGCUGGCUGCUGCUCACCAACCCGCGGCUCUCACAGGUGAUCACCAAGUGGCUGGGCUCGGACGAGUGGGUGCGGGAUCUGUCGCUCAUCCAGGGCCUGAGGGCGCACGCCAGCUCCCCUGCACUGCACGCCGACUGGACCGCUGCCAAGGCCGCCAACAAGGAGCGACUCGCGCUGUACAUCCGCAACACAUGUGGCGUGCAGGUGGAGAGUGGUGCGCUGUUUGACUGCCAUGCGAAGCGCAUCCACGAGUACAAGCGGCAGCUGCUCAACAUCCUGGGGGUCAUUCACCGCUACAACAGCAUCAAGUGCAGCAGCUUUGAGGAGCGCGCGCGCAUGGUGCCGCGGGUGGUGGUCAUCGCAGGCAAGGCGGCUCCGGGGUACUUCCGGGCCAAAUGCGUCAUCCACCUCAUCAAUGCGGUGGCGCAGCGGGUGAACAGCGAUCCCGACAUCAGCGGGCUGCUCAAAGUCGUCUUCCUGCCCAACUACAGCGUCUCCCUCGCCCAGUUGAUAGUGCCAGCGAGCGACAUAUCGCAGCACAUAUCAACGGCGGGCAUGGAAGCCUCAGGCACGAGCAACAUGAAGUUUGCGCUCAACGGGGGGCUGCUGCUGGGCACCAUGGAUGGCGCCACCAUAGAGAUCGCCAACGCCAUCGGGCGCGAGAAUGUGUUUGUGUUUGGCGCCCUGGCCCACGAGACCCACUCGCUGCGCCACUCCCUGCGCUUCCGCCAACCCAUCCACGACGACCGCCUCGUUCAGGUGGUGCGCACAAUAGAGGCGGGGGUGUUUGGGCCGGCGGACGACUUUCGGCCGCUGCUGGAGUCACUGGGCGGCGGCAAUGAUUACUUCCUGCUCUCCCACGACUGGCCCUCCUACCUCGACGCCCAGCACUCAGUGGACACGCUCUUUCUCAACCCCACAGAGUGGUGCCGCCGCUCCAUUAUAGCAGCAUCGAUGAUGGGCAGAUUCAGCAGUGACCGAACCAUUGCCGAAUACGCGCGUGACAUCUGGCACCUCCAGCCUGUUAUCGUGCCAGAGUCCGCUCCCACCUCUCCGUCCAAGCCGCCGCCCUUCGCGAGGCGAGCAGGCAGCGCCGAUGCCGGCUCAAUAGCGUCGGACGCGGGCAGCGCUUACGCUGAGAGCUCCGCGUCGGGCGACGACGAAGGGAACGCGGGGUGGAGCAUGGCGGGCGAGGAGGGCAAGUCGAACGACGCGUUCCACGUCAUCCACAAGGUCCCCGUCGGCGACUCGCCAUAUGUCCGCGCGAAACACGUCCAGCUGGUGGACAAGGACCCGGUGCGCGCGAUCGCGCUGUUCUGGUCGGCGAUCAACGCGGGCGACCGCGUGGACAGCGCGCUCAAGGAUAUGGCUAUCGUCAUGAAGCAGCAGAACCGCCCCGAGGAGGCCAUCGAGGCUAUCCGCUCGCUGCGCCACAAGUGCUCCGAAGUCGCGCAGGAGUCGCUCGACAACGUGCUGCUGGACCUCUUCAAGCGCUGCGGGCGCCUCGACGACCAGGUGGCGCUGCUCAAGCACAAGCUCGACAUGAUCCGCCAGGGCGUCGCGUUCAACGGCAAGCGCACCAAGACGGCGCGGUCCCAGGGGAAGAAAUUCCAGGUGUCGAUCGAGCAGGAGGCGACGCGGCUGUUGGGAAAUCUGGGAUGGGCGUACAUGCAGCAGGGGAACUAUGUCGCGGCGGAGUCGGUGUAUCGGAAGGCGCUGCGCGUGGAGGCGGAUAGCAACAAGGUGUGCAACCUCGGCAUCUGCCUCAUGAAGCAGUCCCGCAUCGUCGAGGCGCGCGCGCUGCUUGAGUCCGUGUCGCCCAACAGCGACCCGCGCUGGGGGUCCGAGUCGCACAUUAAGUCGUACGAACGCGCGCAGAGCAUGCUGUUGGAGCUCGAGGCAUCAGCGGCGGCCGAAGCGACCAAGGAUGGCGCAGCUGCGAGCGCGAGCACCAGCGGCGGGGAGGACGGUAGCGCCGCCGGGCAGACAGCGGACGCCGGCGGUAAAUCCCCCUCCGCGUCCUCCGCCGGCGCUGCGCCGUCCUCCGCGGCGCCCAGCAGCGACGGAGUCUCGUCUGACAAGCACCCGCAAGUCAAACCCGCCGCUUCCGUUUCCGCAUUCCACGGGCCCCCUGGCGCUGCUCGUGGCAUGGGUGGCAUGGGCAUGGCGCGCAGCUCGUUCCAGCGACACUCGUCGUACUUGUGCGAGUUCCUUGGCGCGCCCGACAUGUGGGACUCCCUUUUGGCUGACAACACCGCCGCUGGGGGGAACGCAACUGCGGAAGGAGCGCCAGCAGCUCCGCAAGGCGCCGCAGGCGGUAUUUCGGGGAUGGCGGGCAUGCAGUCGCGGGGUCCGCCGGAUGCUCCGCUGCCGCAGCAGCAGCAGCAGCGACAGCUGCAGGCGCCAAUGCAGUGCAUGCGGAGGCCGCCAUCGACCGGCGCAAUGGCGCGGACGGUGAGCAUGGGCGCGGGGUGCGGCAACCCGCUUGCGCGUUCCAUGAGCUUCGGCGGGGCGGAUGCGCGCGGAGGGCUGUCGUGCCUCAAGCCCACCGCGCCCGAGUUCAUGCCGGGGUCGUUUGGCCCGAUUCCUCCCCCCGGCCACGGCUCCGCUCCGCCUUUCAUGCACGGCGCGCCGCCCCCACCCCCCCCUGGCGACGGUCGGCGCACGCUCACCGCGUCCCGCUCGCUCCCCCCGCUGCAGAUUCCCACGGCGGGAUUCGCGCUGGCGGCGGCGUCGCCGUCGCUGGUGUCGCCGCUGGGGCCCAUGUCGAGCGGCUCGCUCUCGUGCACCUCUAGCUUCGGCGCGGCGUCGUGGGAUGACGGAGUGAUGAUGUCAGCGUUCGAGAGUGACGACGACGUGCUUUGCGAAAUGCCCAACGAUAGUUACCAGCCGUCUGCUGCGGCUAUCUCCGUUGCUGCGGGGGUCUGGGCAUCGCAGAAGGUGCCCACUUCGGCGCACCUCGCUGCCGCACUGCGCAAGGGCGGCGGAUUCCCCGCGCCUGGGCAGCGCGCGCUUUUCAGGGGCUCCGAGAACGUUCCGCAGUACAUGGCGGGGGUCGCCCCCAUCGGCGCAGGCGGGCCUGGAGCGCGGAGGCCGCUGGUGUUUGGGUGCGAGAACCCCGCGCCAAUGGCGGCGAAGGCGCAGAUGGUGGCGGGCGGGCUGAUGGGCGGAAGCAACAUGGGCAUGCAGAUGGGCGCGGAGAUGGGCGGCGGCAUGGGCAUGACGACGGUGAUGGGCGAGCGCACUAACCUGGAGCCCCCCGCGCAGUUCAUAGGCGCAUGGGGGGCUGUGGCGCAGGGGAAGGGCGCAUGGGGACCUGCAUGGGGAGCGCCCGGAGAGGGGGCAAGCAUGGGUGAGGGGGAGAAGGUGAAAGAUCAGCAGCAGCAAUCUGUGGCGGGGGCAGAGUUGGGGGGAUCGGGAAUGAAGAGAAACAGAGUGCCGACCCCAGUGAAGGCUGCUGCUCCCAAGGGCGAGAGAGGGGGCGAGGCGGAGGGCGGAGACGGGAGUGCAGCGCAGGAGGGCGGGCCGGUGGUGCCGAGGGCGCUGUGGGAGAUGCUGGGGUUUACAGGCAGCCCCGACAAGCUGCUGCUGGAGGAACUCAAGGGCACUGAUAGCGCCAAGAAACUGCUCGCCUCCGCUGGGUCUGCUGACACGCAGCAGGGCAGCGAGCGGCGUGCACUGUUUGCUGACAAUACUGAUACUGGCUUGGCUUCCGUGGUAGGGGGUGGUGGUGCUGCCACCGCUCUGACCAGCCCCACUGCAGGCAGCUCCCACGUGGAGGUCAAGAGGCCCCGCCGCCUCCGCAUCUUCCAGGAAAUGACAUACACGUUCCUGGGCGUGCUGGUCGCGGAGGGCAGCGAGGACGCGCGGGAGAUGAUGGAGGAGCUGCUGUGCCUUUUCGCGCAGUACAGCGAGGCGCGCAGCAAGGCCGUGCGGGUCAACGUCACCAGAGUGCUCUCGGAGGUGCUCAAUUCGUUGCCUGCCAGCUUCAGCCUGUCAGCCGACGCCAUCGUGAUCAUCCGCGAGUUCCUGCACGCGCGAAUGGACGACCGCAUCGCCGCCAUCCGCGCGUGGGCCGCCAGGGCGCUCAAGCGCAUGGUGACGUUCGAGGAGGACGGCGGAGUGGACGUGGACACGACCAUCGGGUUAUUCCGAGAGAAGAUGAAGACCGAGUCGAGCUCCGUAAGCUUCGUCGCUUUCGAGGUGCGCGAGGCGAUGGUGUGGUCGCUGCCGGAGUCCACGAGCACCAUUCCCGACAUUCUCGAGCGCACGGCGGACGUCAGCGAGCGGGUCAGAGCCGCCGCGUACAAGUCCUUCGCCGAGAGGUUCUUCCCCAUCGAAAGCUUCAGCAUCCGGCAGCGAGUGCAGCUGCUGUCGCAAGGCCUGGGCGACCGGUCGUCGACGGUGCGGUCGGCGUGCGUGGAGCUGCUGUGUCGCGCGUGGCUGUCGCGCGACUGCGAGGGCGACCUGGUGCGACUGCUGCGACAUGUGGACGUGGAGAGCCACGAGGCAGUGGCGGAAACAGCGGUGCGGGAGAUCCUGCAGGCGCACAGCGCGGGGUGCGGCGACAUGGAGCUGGUCGUGCCUGAAGGGGGGCUGCGUGCCGCUGUCAAGCAAUCCAGCAGCGAGUCUCACGUUUCUUCCCAUCUCGUGGUUCGUGCAGGAGGGUCGGAGGCGACACCAGCAUCGGCGCUGCUUACGGCGGAGGAGGCGCUCUUCUGGCGCAUGCUGUGCCUGCACCUCGCCGCGCAGGCCAAUGAGAACGGAUCGAAUGCCGCGGUAUCAGCUGGCGCAGCAGCGGUGGAGGCGGCGGAGGCGGCGAGCGACCUGAACGCGCAGCUGGAGGCCCUGCUGCCAGCCACGGCGCAGGACUACCUGACGCUGCUGGAGACGCACAUGCAAGCAGGGUCCGAGGGUCGGUUCGCAGCGCGGCAGCUGAUGCAGCUGGCGGCCGUGCUGGACUUCACCGACGCCACCAUCCGCGCGCACGCCGCCGCGCUCGUGCACCGCCACCUCGUCGGCGCGCAGUCGGCGCGCGAAGGGGCGGGGGAGGUGAGCGCCGAGGCGGAGGACGAGUGGGAGGAGGGCGUGGCAGCCGGCAGGUGGGGCGAGGCUCUGCUGGGGCUGGCGCAGCGCGUGCACGCCUCGGAUGCUGACGUGCUCGCCGCUCUCGUCGACGCCCUGGCUGACGUCAGCAAGCCGUUGAUGGCGGGCGUGGCGGGUGUGGAUGGUGUGAGCGAGGGGCUGUGGCUGCGAUGCGUGGCGGCGAUGCGCAUGGUGUUGCGCCUGUGCUGCAAGUCGGCAGGGGGCGGCGCGUUCAGGGCGUGGAGGAAUCUUCGCGUGGAGCCGCAGGAGGCGCUGAACUGCAUUCUCGUCCCCGCGGUACGCCAGCGCGCUGCCCUCACUGCCUCUCCCCGCUUGCUCUCAACAGGCCGGUUUGUGCGCAUUUGCUCCACUGCGCCCGCGUCACAUCCCUCGCCUCUGGUACGCGCGGAGGCCGUCGCCGCGCUGCACGCAUUCGCCAUGCUCCACGCACCGUCCGCGCGCGCACACCUGCCUCUGCUCCACGCCGCCGCGCGCGACUCCGCGCACCCCGGCGUGCAGAUGGCGGCCGUGCGCGCCCUCGCGGACCUGCUGCUCUGGCACCGCCCCGCCGCGCUGCUGCCCGACAUCUCUGCGCCCGCCGUCAGCGACGACGGCGAGGGGAGUGCGGUGAGCGGGUGCAGUGCGGGGGAAGAGUCGCAGCGCGCAGGAGGGGCGCGCGGGGGAGGGGGGCCGGAGGUGGCGGAGGGGAGCGUGGACGUGCUGGUGGGGCUGGUGCCGCUGGAGGGCGGGCAGGUGGACAUUGAGGCGGUGAGGGAGGACGUGCAGCGCGCAGGGCGACACGCGGAGGGGGAGGACGAGGGGGAAGCGGAGGGCGUGGUGGGCGUGCUGCCUUUCGCCCAUCAUCCACCUCCCCCUCCUCUCGCUCGUACCUCACAGGACGCGGCAAAUGCUAGCGGAGCUGUUCAACCGCGCGGCCGUGCUGCCAGCCUGCAAGGUACGCCACCCACCCCAUCCUACCAACCAGCUUCUGCCUUUUCUGGUAGCCUCGCUUCCUUUGAAAGUCUGUCACCUUGGCACCUCACUCCUCCCCAACCACACUUCCCUGUUCGCUCAAUCUCCCCGAAUCCCUCCCUCUCCCCGAAUCCUUCCCUGUCAUCUUGUGCAGGUGGCAGCGUCGCGUCUGCUGCUGCCAGUGCUGCGGCAGCUGUGGCCGCGCAAGGCGGCAGCAGCAGCGAGGCAGCCCGCACGGGCGAGAGCAGCAGUGUGCAGCUGCCGGCGGUGGGCUUUGAGUCUCUGGCUCUCGACCUUGCUGCUGAGGUGCUAUCCUCCCCACUGGCCACAGCGGGCAGUGCGAGUGGGAGGGCGUACAGCGCUCAUCUGGUGCAGCUGCUGGUGGAGGUGCCGCUCAGAGCCUCGGAGCAGGACGACGUCAAAUGCCUGCGCUCGCUGCUCCCCAUGGUGGCGGAGGCAGUGCAGGGGCAGCGCGGGGCACAGCGGCAGGUGGAGCGGAUGGCAGCGCGGCUGAGGGCGCUGGACGCCACCCCGGAUGAAGAGCUGCCUCUGGAGCGCCUGGAGCAGCUGCUGCAGCGCGUGGAUGGCGAUGCAGCAAGUGGGUCAGAGGCAGCGGGCAGUGGUGCAUCUGCCAUGGAGGGAGGCAGUCCGCCAGGCAGGAGGCGACGAGGCAAGCCCCCAGCCACGCCAACACGCCUCUCUCCUUGCUUGCCUGUUUUCUCCAUCUCCCCCAUGCCUCCCGCCCGUGCCUGCACAGCGCCAGCCUGCCGCACCUCCCCCUUCUGCAGCCCCGACCCUGCCACACCAGUGCAGCGCCCUGCGCGCCCCUUGCGGCAAUGCAAGGCAGUGACCAACAGCCGCCUCAAGCAGCAGCUGGGGGGGCACAGCAGCGCCGGCAGACCUGCGGUGGGCGAGGCAGCAGGUGGGGAGAGUGAGGCAGUGGAUGCAGGUGAGGGGUUGGAGCAAGUGGGUAGGGAGGGGCAGAGCACGGCAGCAGAUGUGCCCCCUGAGGCUCACAGCAGUGGGAGUGAGGAGGAGAGCGAGAGGAGUGAGAGUGAGGAGUAUGGGAGUGGAAGUGAAAGUGGGAGUGAGGAGGAGUACAGGGCGUCAGUGGGCAGGCAGACGAGGGGCGCGCGUGCACAGGAGCAGACCAGUGGGCCACGGCGAGUGGCGUCCGUGAUAGCUGCUGUGAGGAGGAGCAGCAGCAGCAGCAGCAGCAGUGGUGGUGGUGGUGGUGGUGCUGCUGCUGGCAGGGACGCGCCCAUCUCUAUCUCCACCGACUCUGACUCACAAGACGUGGUCGAGGUGCUGUCGGGAGGGGUGGCAGGAGCGCAGAGCAAGCGGGUACAGCCCAAGGAGGAGGCAGAGAGCAUCUCGGGGGAGGUGGAAGAGGUGUUGGAGGAUGAGAGUGUGUGCAUGGCAGCAGGGCUCCAUGCUGACAGUCCCGGCGUGGGCCGCACAGCACCAAGGGAUGACGCCUCCCCUGCAGCACGAGGGCCAGAGGGCUCCCCUGCGGCGUCAGUGGGCAGUGACGCCACGUCCUUUGCGUCGGCGCUGAGUGACGACCUCCUCCAGCCCUCGCCCUCCCCCUUGCCUGCUGCCAUGCCCGCCAGGCGUGCCGGCGCCAGACAGAGGCGCUUCGUGCUUGAUGAUGGCAGGGGAAGGCGGGCAAGGGUGGUGAAGUGGCAGUGGGAGCGGAGAGGCGGCAACCUCUGGCACGCCGCACUGCCCAGUGAUGCGCUGCAGCAGGUUCAUAGUGAGGAGGAGCAGACGGACACAUUGUGUUCUUCCACUGCUCCACUGAUCACUGCUCGGCCUGCUUAA